AUGGCGAUGAGACCAACCCCGGUUGUACGGGGGCCCUUCUUCUACCCAGUGGGCAACACUCCAGCUGUGUGCUUGACGCAAGCUCUCCCACCCGAUCAGGACGCCGACUUGCUACUGCUUGGUUGUGGAGACAUUCGAAACAUUCUCUUCACUAGCUAUAGUGGAGCUGGGCUCAAUGGUCGUAGACUCGACUUUACGUGCUGCGACCUCGAGGCGGAGAUCAUCGCGCGCAACGCACUUGCACUGACGUUCAUUCUUGACGACAAGAAAGGUACCCGCGUACGACAGCUAUGGAACAUGUACUAUCACGUCUUCAUUGAUGGCGAGUCAGCCAGCCUGCUACGGUCGCAGUCAAGAAAGCUCUCAGCCCUUGCACAGUCAUUAGAGAGCUGGAACGAAGGCCCUUACGGAGCUACCAUCCAGUUCUGCGACAGCACAACGCUCGGAAACGUGCUAAAGCUUUGGGAUCUCUACGCGGCUGAGCCAGCCCACAGCAAUACAUACGAUGAGACUCAAACCUUGCUCAAAGCUCAAUGGAAUACUGCCAAGAAGUAUCACGAGCAGAAGGUGUCUAGCAAUGGAUAUGCGGGAGACGGUGGUCGCGCGUCAGCUCCACUUCUAACUGAAGGCUUCGAGGACUCAAUCAAGCAGUUCCGAACAUACUGGCAGAGUGGUACGUGUUUAGAGGACAAGAAGAUCAUCGACGGGCUCUCGAUUGCCAAUCCAAUGUUCAUCUGCCGUCGUGGCGACCUCAUGCUUCAUUACGGGACCAAUCCGCUCACCGGCUUCCAUUUGGCUCCCAUGCAUGCGCAGUUAUCCGCAGAUUCGCCAUUACUUACGUCGAGCGGACCCAUGGACGGAAAACUCUCAAAGGCCAUGCAAACAGCUAUCUCUCAGCUCUCUGCAUGGUCCUCCGCCUUCAAGAAAAUGUCCACUCGUGUGACUAUCCGCUAUAUCAACUGCGACGCGUUGGCAUUUUGUCGAACCCUUCAGGAACAAGUCGUACACGGCGAGUCAUCUACCGCUGACUGGUAUCGUGAUAUGUGGACAUAUGCACCACUAGUUAUUGAUGCCGCUGCAUACGCCAAAGGUGGCUCUGCGCCUAGAACCUUCAACGUCAUCGACACUUCCAAUUUGUUGGAUCAUUUGGGCUGUUUGAACGUUCUCACUGCCACUGCGUCACUCGUCCGGCAAAACGUAUCGUCCAUUCUUCGAACAGAGAUCCUGAUCGUGCCGGAGAGCUCCGACUCGACCUCGGCCACAACUCUGCUCUGUGGAGAUCUUCCAACUGUAGCUCUUCUACUGGGACUGAAGCCUGUUCAGUAUUGGACGAAUGCGACGCCUGUUUGGCAUUUGAACCUUGCCAACUCUCACGGCAAAUGGUCCCAUUUUAGCAACGUUGGAAGUCUCUCUCGGCCUAUCAUACUGUGGAAACCCUUUGAUACUUCCAAAGUCCGCUACGAUCCAGAUGAGCUAGCUAGAGUUCUCAUAUCCAUAUAUCGAUACAUAUUGCUAGACGAGCGCUAUUUGGGCUGCCUGGGUACGCGCGGUAGUACCUUUGGCUUGUAUAGUCCAGCGAGCUUCGUGUCACUGCUGCAGUACAUCAAGGCGUCCAAGGUUGUCGACUGGGCUUCUUUCAUACAGGCCUUCUUCAAACAAGGCUUCAUGUACGGAGGACCUUUGAACACAUGUCCCUACAAACUCCAGUCUCUACUCGUUCAUCUUGACGUACUCUCAGUAUGCAAGGUCGAAGACCAUUUUGACUGGUGGCAGCCACGAAAGUCCGAACUAGGCCAUCUUCUUUACGACUGGGAGGGCAUCCCUCCAAUCUUGAAUAUUACACUCUCAAUUCCGCACGAGAGGGUAAGGAUACUUGGUGAUAUCGUCAACAGCGUUGGUACUACCCUAGGCCAACUUUCACUGGACUCCUCGAGCGGUUCAGCACGCUCGGUCUACCCUGAUAUUCAGAUGGGAUUCGGAACAAUCAAGUCUUCCGGUGCAGCAUUUACAAACAAUUAUCGACUGACGUUCCUGGAAGACGAGAAAGGCUGGCAGGGCGACUCACCGCUAAUCGUAUCCGCUACGGUGUCAACGCGCAGCCUCAUCGAACACACAAAUGAUGAAAGUUACAUCACUUUCGAACCCAAGGCCACUUUCGGAUCUAUCGAAAAGUUUAUGACCGCAUUUGGACCGGGCCUGGCCGUGUAUCGAUCUGCAGUCGGCCAACACGAUGUCUUUGUUUCACCACAUUCGCCCAAUUUGCAGAAACGUGGCUCUGUGAACCAGAUUGUUACCUCCGAGUCGAAUGAAGGCAAGUCACCUGCCGAAAAGAUUCUUCCUGUCACUAACAUGAGCUCAGCAAGCGACGUCAUCGCUACCAUUCACCCCAUCAUCGCAACUGGUACAAAUAGCGUCAAGUCGCUCCGCGUUCGCUACGUCAUUCAUUCUGGAGGGGUCAAACGUUCUUUGCAGAGCGGAAAAGCUGUGACGUUCAGUACGCCAACGACGUUCUCGUUGACUCUCAAUAUUGGCGAUCGUUACCGCAAAGAUUUGACAUUACCUUUCCCAUUGGACAGAGACAGCGGUAAGGUCAAGAUCGCCCGCAAAUCGCUAUGGAUAGAGUAUACGGCUGCCGUGCAGAAUGGAGCAGCAAUCUUUCGAAGCCCAGAUAACAUGAUGCCCGUCCAUCUUAAUGAGCAGUAUGGGGUCUCUCUCGAACAACUACAUUACGUUCAGCCCGAUGUUCUGCCUAAGCUUCACAUCGGUCCAAAACCCUCAAGUGCCGCAUGGGUCGACGAACUUGCCUCCGCUAAUUUCACGAUGUCGGCAGAGGAGUUCCGAGAUUACAACGUGUUUCUGAGACAUGACCACUUACCCAUGCCUGGACGUCUCGGUGUGAAAGAGACAUUGAAAAGUAUCUACACCAACCUUGUCGGAGCAGAAGACUACGAGCAGGUGGCGAUCUUCCAACUUUCAGAUUUCGGCCGGCUCUACGUCGAUUCAGUCCGCAUGGAUGUCUCAAACCAAACAUACUUCGCCGACGCUGCCUUCAUUCCAUGCCAUCAAGGCAAGGACAUGAUGCCCGUUGCCAAGGUCAUGGAUAAACGCGGAGACAAGAUGGUGUGUCUUCAAAUCGAAGAAGACGAAGCCACUUUCUGGAAGCAUAUACUACCAGGGUUCGCCGAGCGUUGUCGUUUUUGGAAGCACAAGCCAACAUGCGAGUACAAGAUCGCAAAACACAUCCCAAUCUCGACUGGCUCUGGCAAACGCUACAUGUGCACCUGCGGCAUCGGUGCCUUCCCAGCAGACUAUCUCAAACACAUCAAGCGGCCCAAGGACUUGUGCAAGUUCGCUGUUCGCGUUGCAAUUCCAGUCAUCUUCGCAUCGCCUAUUCACGCCAUCGUUCCUCCUGUCGCAGCGCCCGUGGCUACUCCAUCGCCUCCCCCUCAAACUACCAACCUACGAGAACAAGCACCUGUAGGCCAACUCGAGCCUCGUCUGUCUGACUUGAGCCUAAAGAAAGAUACAUGCUUUGAGUGCGGCGUGGGGAGUUGUCACAACGGUUCGGCUCUACUUGAGUGUGCGGGAUGCAAAUAUGCUCAGUACUGCUCUAAGGAGUGCCAGAGGAAAGACUGGAAGAAGGGCCACAAGCAAUUGUGCGCACAGCUCAAAGAGGGCUAA